GAUCUGCAGAAAGAACAAACCGGAGAGCAGCCAACAACAAACAAUUAUCAGCGAAUAGCAUAGCAUACAACAACCCACGAUGAUGAAACCCACGACAGCAGCCAUUCUCGCCGCCCUGGCCCUCGCCGGCUCGAAGCAUUCGGCCGAGGCCUUUGUCCCCAACCAUUCCGCGACCUCGGCAAAGGCUACCACCACCUCCCUCUCCAUGGCGGGGCCCGGCGACACGGCCACCAAGGACAUUCCCUACGGUGAAACCUCCCGCCAGUUCCGCCGGACGGUCUACACGCACGACGACUGGGUCAAGCACCGAUCGCCCAACCGGUUCRUCAAGAAUCUCUUCUCGAUCGGAUCCUCGGGCAUCUACAAGGUGCGUGCUUUGUUUUGUUUUUGGUUGUGUGGUGUGGUGUGGUGUCGUUUGGUGUGUUGUGUUGCGUUGUGUUGUGGGCCGUGUGCCUUUUGUGUUACAGGAAGUGCCCACGACCCUUGCGACGCCAAACCAUUGCCCGCAAACGUUGUCGACUCACGGAAUCCGAAUUUUUUUCUCUUUUUCUGGCUCCUCGCCCACACGCCGUGUCGGAACUGCGUCCGAUCGUUCCCCCCCCCCACACCCCCACCCCGCUCCCGCUUUGGUUGUUUCUCCUUACAGAACGUCGGACGGGAGGUCUCCACCACCACGACGGUYGCCACCAUCAUCUUUUUGUGGAACAUGCUCACGGUGGGAUACGACGACUUCAACCAGAUCCACCACGCGCCCMUCAUCGACAACUACUACGUCCCCGGCCUCACCCUCCCGCUGACCCCCUUCACCCUGGCCUCGGGAUCCCUCGGUCUCCUCCUGGUCUUUCGCACCAACACGGCCUACCAGCGGUGGGACGAGGCCCGAAAGAACUGGGGUAUGAACAUGUGAGUAUCAGUAUUGCAGUCCGGUGUGGUGUGCUGUGGUUUGGUUUGGUGUGGUUUGGUGUCCUGUCGAGUCGAGUCGAGUGGAAACGGAGCGUAACGGAACGGAACGGAACGGGAUGCCCGGAAUCUCGGUGUUGAGACGCGUGUUUCUGCGUWCGCCAGCGAGCUAGAAUGGUUGAUCCGCACUUUCUUGGAGCGGCGGGAUUCCGUCCGUUGGUUCUUGUAACGGUUCCAGCGCUGUCCCUUAUCGAUCUCCGACGAACCGUGUCGGCACCGUGCGAUGCCAUCGGCCUGCCGCACCAACCGAUCGACCUUUGUCCGCAUUCUCGUUUCUGUCCGGUGGUCGGCCCGGGAUCGUGUUYGUUCUCUUGCGGUUCUGUUGUAUCCCUCCACGCCCCUCACGCACGCCCCUUUGUUCCGCUCUCGUCUCGUCUCGUCUCGUCCGAAUUGCUUUUCCCCCGCAAAAACAGCAACCACACCCGUGACCUGGUCCGCAUGGGCAACGCCUUCUACGACUCGACCGACGUCGACCCCGCAACCCGCCAGGCCGACCUGGAGCGGCUUUCGGUCUGCACCUGGGCCUUUGUCCGCUCCAUGAAGCGCCACCUCUCCCCCGAGUGGGAAGACGAGGCCUCCUUCCGCCUGGAGCUUUACGAGCGACUGCCCGAGAGCCAGGCCAACGCCAUCAUCAAUGCCGCCCACAGACCCAACCGCGCCCUCUUCGACCUGAGCAUGGCCAUCGAGAACCUCCCCAUGCACUUUAUGCGAAAGAACGAGAUGCACAAGGCCCUCACCAUCUUCGAGGACAACCUCGGAUCGAGCGAGCGUCUUCUUACCUCCCCCGUCCCGCUCAUCUACAACCGCCACACGGCCCGCUUCCUCUCCUUCUGGCUGCUCCUCAUGCCCCUGGCACUGUACAAGCCCUUUGAGUCGACGUGGAACCACGUGGGCAUGAUCCCCGCCACGGCCAUCAUCUCCCUCUUCUUGUUUGGAAUCGAGGAACUGGCCACRCAGAUGGAGGAGCCCUUUACCAUUCUCCCCAUGCAGGCCUUUUGCGACAAGAUCGGCAACUGGUGCAACGAAAUCGUCUCGUGGGAGGAGGGAGACAACGGCAUGRCCACCAACAAGAGCUACCAGGGACACUCGGAGGUGUACUUUGAGAACCUCGGCAGCAGCCCCGGCGUCGUCAACGGAAACAACGGAAACAGCUUUGUCGAGCCCCAGCUCCAGGAGUGGGGACGCCAAUAAGCCGUUUCGCUUGCGUUGMGUUGCGUCGUUCUCGAGCAGUAGUGCACACCGUGCCGAUCCGGGGUCCGCGGUCGACGCAACCCGAUCGAUCGACCAAGACGUGCGUGCAUGUCGCUGCGCAACCCAGCCCCUAGUUUCGAAGCCAAUCCCGGAGCAGCGGUCGGUUUGGUCGGUGGCUCGGUCCCUUUUUCAUUGACGGUAGGAUAAUACUGUAUACA